GUCCGAGUCCAACACUCUCUCUCUCUCUCUCUCUCUCUCUAUCUCUCUCUCGUACCUCACCACGCCGAAGCUCCACGCGCUCCAUCGUUCUCUUCUCCCUCCACCAUUCCCUGCACCUCCGAUCCAAGCGCUUCAAAAUCCCUUCGAUUCGAUCGAAGCCCACGUCGAAUUCGAUCCCCAGACCCCGCUCGGCGUGGCGGGAGACGGGAAUUAUGGUCAAUUUUGGCGCGGGGAGGGCGAUUGGGGGCGGAAAGGUUCGAUUUUGAAGGGUUUUUCGUGGAUUUGGGGAGGGAUUUGGUAGAUGGGUUGUUUGCCGUGCUUCGAAUCGAGGAGGAAGAGGGACGAAUUGGGUGAUGAUGGGGAUCGGAGGGAGGAGAAGAGGAAGGAGGAGCAACCCAUGGUUCCCCCCUCACUCGAUAGAGUAUCCUCUGAUUUGAAGAACAGAAGUAGUUCAGAAUCCAAGAAAGGAAUAGAUGCUCCAAAUGAUUCUUCUAGUGUUAAUAUUUCUGCUCAGACUUUUACCUUUCGCGAACUUGCUGCUGCGACAAGGAACUUCAGAUCUGAGUGCUUUUUAGGGGAAGGAGGGUUUGGCCGAGUCUAUAAAGGGCGUCUGGAGAGCACCGGCCAGAUUGUGGCCGUGAAGCAGUUGGAUCAAAAUGGACUCCAAGGGAACAGAGAAUUCCUUGUGGAAGUUCUCAUGCUCAGCUUACUUCAUCACCCCAACCUUGUGAAUUUAAUUGGUUAUUGUGCUGAUGGAGAUCAACGCCUUCUUGUCUAUGAGUUUAUGCCCUUCGGAUCUUUGGAGGAUCAUUUGCAUGAUCUGCCACCUGAGAAGGAAGGGCUGGACUGGAACACAAGGAUGAAGAUUGCUGCCGGCGCAGCCAAGGGUUUGGAGUAUCUCCACAAUAAAGCAAACCCACCUGUAAUUUAUCGAGACUUUAAAUCGUCCAACAUUUUAUUGGAUAAAGAUUUUCACCCAAAACUCUCAGAUUUUGGGCUUGCAAAACUCGGCCCGACAGGGGACAAGUCUCAUGUGUCAACUAGGGUUAUGGGUACGUACGGAUACUGUGCCCCAGAAUAUGCCAUGACUGGUCAAUUGACAGUUAAAUCAGAUGUGUAUAGCUUUGGGGUAGUCUUUUUGGAGCUCAUUACUGGCCGAAGAGCCAUCGAUAGUACUAGGCCACACGGAGAACAGAAUCUUGUUUCAUGGGCGAGGCCUUUGUUCAACGACCGAAAGAAGCUUCCUAAACUAGCGGAUCCAAGGCUUCAAGGUCGUUUCCCUAUGCGGGGUCUCUACCAAGCCCUCGCGGUAGCAUCCAUGUGCAUCCAGGAACAAGCCGCGAGCCGCCCUAACAUCGCUGAUGUCGUCACCGCGCUUUCCUACUUGGCCUCGUCUUAUGAUCCCAAUGCAUCGUCCCCAACCUCAAGCAAUAAAUCAGGCGGCGGGGAGCAUGACGACAGAAGAAGUCGAGGCACGGGUGGAAGACUAGUACAAAAGAAUGAGGAAGGGGGUGGGGGUUUGGAGAGAGAGGAUUCGCCGAGGGAGGGCGUGGGAUCUGUCAUGAAUAAGGAUUUCGAUCGGGAGAGAGCGGUGGCUGAGGCAAAACUGUGGGGGGAGAAUUGGCGCGAGAAGAUUCGAGCUAAUGCAGUGGCGCGUGAAGCUGCGAACAACAGUAGUUGAAGCAAUCUCAUUGGGCACCUCCGAAGAAUCCGAUUCGAUCCUGUGAACCUCCAAGACCGGGAUGGGGCUCAGCGUCACGAUCGUGACGACGUCGUCGGGCAGCGCGGGGCUCACGACAGCCUUCUUCAAUCUUUUGUAGUACCAGUAGAGCGCCAUUUGGACGAACCCAAAGGUGAAUCCCAGUACAUUCGGGAGCUGUUUUUUUUAAUCAAACCAGGAAGGGAUUUAGGAUUAGGAGGAAUUGGUUUGAGAUUUUAAUAAGGGAUUAGUAGUGUUCAUGCAUAACUGACCUGAACAUAUAGGUCCUUUGUUAGGAAACCGUAUAAGAACCAUAUGAUGGCGCUGAUGGUGAGGAAGAAGGAUAGAUAAAACGGCAUGUACUCGACACUCCUUGUUUGAAUGACAAGCCUCUGAAAAACCAUGUUGGGUAGUAUUUUUUA